AUGGGGCUCCCCGCUAAUCUUUCCUUCCCUCCGGGCUGGCCCAGACUGGCCGUCCCCUCGGUUCCCCUCUGCCCCCGAGCGCCGGAGCGCUGCACCGGCGCGUUCUGCAUCGGCCGGCCGGAGCCCGAGGGCCGCAGCCCACCGCGUCCGCCCCUCUCGCGGACCCCUCGGCAGACCCCCCGGCGGACCCCCCCCCGCCCCCGGCGGACCCCUCGGCGGACCCCUCGGCGGACCGCUCAGCGGGCGCGCCGGCCGGCUCGGCGCCGUUUCGCUCCGUCCAUCGCUUUCAGCCUCUCCCUCUCCAACAAGAACAGCACCCAAUUCAUCCCGUUACUCGGUGGAGACGAGGGCUUGCGCCCCAAACCGCUGGGAGUAGGGCUGAGGCGGCAGCCGGAUCUGCAGCACAGCGCGAAACCCUCCUGCAGCCUUGCCUUUCCUGAGGUUCUUACCCCGUCCCGUUACUCGCCGCUCUUCCCGUUCAUCCUCUACCUACAGCCUAACGCUGGGCUCAGGGUGGCCCUGUCCCGCACGCCCCGCUCACCCCCAUGCCCGCCGGAACCCACACUCACCCUAACUGCGCUGCAGUAUGCGGAGGCGCCUGCGGCCCGAGGUCCACUGCAGGCUCGGGUCCGAGGGGCAAGGGACCGCAGGGGCACCGACUCGGGGCCGCUGCGUCAGCGUCCCGUCGCCCGCCGCGCCCUCGGGGCCCGACACAUCCCGACUCUGGAGCGGGCCCUUGAUCUCCGAGGCUGCACUUUGGGGCCUCAGCUGCCUCCUCCUUCCUCCCUCCCUCCGGGGCCGCCACCCCCCUGCGCUGACGUCGCCGCUGUCAAUCAGUCUGCGCCCGCCGCCCCCCGGGGAGGGGGGCUCCAGGGUCCCCUGGCUCCGCGGCCCCAGGACCCCGAGCCCCGAGCCGGCCGCGCGCUCCCCCACCGCGUGGCUCGGUGCCCUCCCGGCGGCCCUCGGCCCGGCAGGCCGGGCCGGGCCAGGAGCCCCGCGUGGUUUAGAUUAGAGGCGCGGGAAGAGGGAGAGCGGCCUGGCGGUGCCGCACGGCUCUCACGGAGACGCGACAACCGGGACCGAACGCCCGGGGCCGCGGCGCGGCCCGCACACCGGGGUCGGGCCGGGGGCCCACUUGCAGACAGCCGCCCUCCGCCGAGCCUCGGGCCGCGGGCUCGGCGCCCGCACACCCCGCGCGGUGCGAGCCCCGCUCCCCGCGGUGCACGCGGCGGCUCGGAAAGCCCAGGUCCCGGGGGGCGGGCGCCCCGCCGCCCGCCGCCCCGCACUCGUCCACCGACCAUGCCGCUCACACAUUCUCACACCUACGCGCUCCGGCCCGCGCGCUCGUGCUGCCGGGCUCCGGGCGCGGGCGCGACGGCCAGGGCGCGGCCCCUCUGCUCACCGGCCGCCUGCUGGUUCGGGCCCGGCGCGCCUCGGAGCCGGCCCGCGGAGGUCACGGGUGAGGGCAGGCCCUUCGCUCGCGCGACGAGGAGGCCGGGCGGCCGGGCCUGA